GCGCUGGCGCCCCCGACCGCGACCUGGUGGCCCUCAGUCUGCAGCGAUGGGAGGCCGAGGCAAAGGUCGGGGCGGAGGCAACGGUAGCUGGAACAGUGGCCGUGCUGGCUACGGCGGAGGAUCCAAGUCGCGGGGCCGUGACUGGGGCCAGUCGCAUGGCCCGCGCGGUAGUGGGCGAGGUGCGCCGCAGCCGCAAGGAGGAGAAGAUCCAGGAGGCCGAGAAGACCCUGCUCAAGCUCGACCCGACCUAUGCGAAGCUUCGCCGCGAUGCAGUGGCGAAGGAGGAGGCCGAGCGCGCUCAGGCGGAAGGGGAAGCCAUCGCGAAGGCCAUCGACGCGAAGUUCAACGAGUUCAUCGCUGGUCAGCGUGCUCUCGUGGGCGACCAGGGCCCUUCGUCGCCGCGGCCCUCGGCAGAAGCUGAAGGCGCCCGCCGUCGCCUGACUGGCAAGGGUCGUGACUCGAGCGCAUCGGGAGAGUCGGCCCAGGAGAAGCGCAUCCUUACCAGCCUGCAGAAGAGGCUCGCGGCGGCGGAGUUAGGCAACUUCGUCCAGCCCACCACGGGCACGCUCGAGGAGUUCCAGACGGCGUGCGAGGAGCGCUGGACCAACCGCGAGUUCCUCAAGCUGAUCAACCGCCUCUUCGAGACCUACACGCCCGACGUGAAGCCCCCGCGCUACAAGGGGGGGCAGAUCGUGGCGGCCUUCGACAUCCUCCGCACC